AUUACCAAUUGUGGCCCACAGAAAACCCUCUCCUCUCUCCUCUCUUCAUCAGCCCUCCCGCGCCCGGGCCGCCGCCUCUGCCGCCGGCGAUCCUCUCCACGAACUCCUUCUGCUGCUCUUCCUUGUUCAAGCUAGUGUGCCACCACCAUAGAUAAGGAGGGAGAUGGUGCUGCGGCGGGCUUCCGCGGCGGCGGUGGCCGAUUGCCCCAAGAAGGUGGCGCGGCUGGUGGACCUGGUGAACCUUCCGACAGCGCUGCGGGGCUUCGCCGGGGGCCAGUCCCAGAUGUCCCACCUCUCUUUCUUCCUCCGCGUCUGGUCACACAUCAAGAACAACAACCUCCAGGACCCAACUAAUAGGAACAUUGUCAACUGCGAUGACAAGCUGAAGACUGUGUUGUUGGUAUCUUGUGGGUUGAGUUAAAAGUGAAGAACCAGAACGAAUGGAAGGAAAGCUGUACUGCAUGAUUGCUGUCACUAUCUUUCUUUUAUUUGUUGAUGGCUGUGGAAAUGUUGAAUUGAAUUUAGGAAGGCGGCUCUUAAAUGCAUGCUGGAUUUUGUUGGUUAGGCCUUCCUACAUUUCUUGCUCUGGCAGAAUUCAGAGUCAAACCGUGUAACACUGGAUAGUUGUUUGGUUUGCUUUAUGUUUUUGUACUUAGCAAACUGCAACAACUAGUGGGGCAGAUAUGGGACAGUUGAUGCUAGAUACAGAGUUGCUUUGUGGCAUUGUUUUUGAAGAUACAGCUGAAGAUCUACACAUCUGAAUCUGAGGGUCCCUGCUUUACACAUCUGAAUCUGAGGGUCCCUGCUUCUGGUAUGGUAGAGAAUGGCAGGCAACUGUAGGGCUCUAAUUCAUGUGUUAUUUACCCCACUGUUUGCUACCUUAAUCUGGAACUUUGAUUGGAGCAGUUGGCAAGAACAUCUGUUUGGAUUUGAUAUUUAACGGACCAAAUACCAUAUGGUUUCUUGGGAAAAAAAACCAUUGUAUUAAAACCUUCGAUAUGUUUAACUGGCCAAUUGAUCAGUUCUAUAUUCAUUUGUCAAACUAAUCGGCUCAUAAGUAUUAUGUAGGUUGUGUGUUUAUGCAGUGCAAGCUCUGGUAGCUAGAUGAGAUGGGAGCCGCUUCACGCAAUCAUGGAGCUAGAAUUAAUAUCACUUACAUUAUUAUCGCUAUUGUACACGAAUCAAAUA